AUUUGAACCAAUCAAAUUACCCGUUACAAAUUAGGAGCCAUGUUUGAAAAUCUGAAAAGUGUUUACUAGUUUAGUGUACUGUAAACAUUAAAGAUGUCACUACAAGCACUGAGGAAUAAACUUCAGCAAGCAAAGGCCCUGGAUGAGAGUCUCACUACUGGUAACACUGGAGAAUACACAGGGCCCAGUAGUAAUUGGAACACCAGUCUGUUAGAGCCAAGAAAAACAUGGAUAAACACCAGUAUUAGUGACGUCACACAUCCUAGCAGUACAUCCCAUGAUGAUAAACACACUAAUGACAUUUCACAAACACAAUUAAGUGACAAUACACAACCAGGCACAACACAAUACAAUGGCACAACCAAAAACAUGAACACAGCUGACAUUGGAGUUGAGCUUGAGCAGAAGUUAACCGGUCCAGUGUUAAAGCCUCCUAAAUUAGUUGCCAGCACCCCAAGCACAAAAUUUGACUUUGAUAUAGACUUAAAGACACCUAUUGGUAGCGUACGGAAACAGAAACUCACAGAAGGUGCACUUAAACAAAAAGAUGCUGUUUUGUCAAAUCUUAAAAGGGAAAGGAACCUAAGUAACAGUUCAGAUGAGGCACUGACUGACCCCGCCCCUACACCAUUUGAUGUCCGUGGUCUGUUCAAGGCACCCAAAGAACCAGCAUCCACCAGUAAACUUGGAGGGUUACGCCACUCAUUCAGUACCCCUGACUGCAAAUCUGCAUCCAUAGGGGGAACAUUUGGCUCAGAGAAAAGAAAGCUUAAUCUAGGGAAACCAAUGCGAGUCCUUAAGAGUUCUCUGCCUCAACUUAGAGAAGGCCAUGAAGACAAGGAUGAGCAUCUGACAGAUAUCAAACCUCUCCCACCAUCAAAGCAGGAUGAUUCACCAUUGUUGUCUCAUGGAGGGCCAAGCAAGAUUCCUGCCGACUCUCCCAACAGUGACAGUGGGAUACAAACUCAGACGUCACAAAGUAUUGACUUUUCCAAACAUGAUACAAAUCCAUUGAACAACUGUAAUGUAAAUCCACAAAGCACCUAUGACUUGAAUCCACACAACAAUUAUGGUGUACAACCACAGCGAAAUUAUGACACAAAACCACAGAAUAAUUAUGACUUAAAUCCACAGAACAGUUAUGAAUUAAAGCCACAGAGUAGUCACUCUACAAACCGAGGUCAGAGCAAUAGUUGCGUUACACCUGAUAAUCAUGCCCCCAAAUCUGGACAGGCAUUAGGGUUGAAUCCCUCUCUAAAUGCAGUAAAUACACGCCGAGAAAGUGUUCCCAUGGAAAUUGAUCCAUUUCGUCGGGGAUCAGUUCCAAUGGAUGUGGAUUGCUUAGACAAUCGAUUAAAAGCCAUACACGUGCUUGGUGCUGAAGGCGAGUCUAAUAAAGGGUUUGGCCAUAACCCUAGUCCAUUGGCUGCUCCCAUUGUCUCUCCCUUGGCAGUGCCUUUACCCACACAGCCUUCUCCUGUGCCCUUACCCCAAGCAGAACUGGUUGUAGCCCCAGUCCCAAUCCCCCAGGCUGCAACCUCCCAGGGUAGGGACUUAUCACAGCAUCAACUGGUGGUGAAUAAAAAAGCAUACACUGUACUACAGAUAGUUGGAAGGGGAGGCUCGAGUAAAGUAUAUAGAGUUGUCGAUCCCGAUUCCAAAAAACUUCUGGCCAUUAAAUAUGUGGAUUUAAACGAAGCAGAUCGGCAAACGAUUGAUGGAUAUAAGAAUGAAAUAGCGCUACUUCAUAGACUUGGAUUGAAGAACAGUGAUAAGAUAAUUAAAAUGUUCGAUUACCAGUAUCAAAAGGAGAAGAAUUGCCUGAUGGUCGUCAUGGAGCAUGGUGACACUGAUCUAGCGUCACUCUUCAAGUCUCGCACAAAGAAAGGAGAAAUAUCCGUUGAAAUGAGACGAUUCUAUUGGUCAGAAAUGCUGCAAGCUGUGGCUGUGCUUCAUCAAGAAGGGAUUGUGCACUCUGAUCUGAAACCUGCCAAUUUCCUGUUAGUUGCUGGCAACUUAAAGCUGAUUGACUUUGGCAUUGCCAACGCUAUACAACAGGACAAAACCAGUGUUAUAAGAGACACUCAGGUGGGGACUCUAAAUUACAUGAGUCCAGAGGCUAUAAUGGAUACAUGUGAGAAUGGACCACAAGUGGACUCUAAUGGCCAAAUGAAGCCACGAAUAAAGAUCGGAACAAAGAGUGAUGUUUGGUCACUUGGAGUGAUCUUGUACCACAUGGCGUAUGGUAAGACCCCCUUCCAGCACAUACGCAACAGCAUUGCCAAACUACAGGCCAUUAUCAACCCCCAGUUUAAGAUAGAGUUCCAAGAUUUGCCAGAUAGACACUUAGUAGAUGUAAUGAAGAAAUGUCUACAUCGUGAUGUCAAAGAGAGGCCAACAGUGGAUGAGCUGCUGCGGCACCCCUACCUACAAGGAGAACAAAGAGACAGUACACCAGAGAAGCCAUCAGGCAUAACAACAGAGAAUUUUCAACAUUUACUCAAAGACAUCAUCAACUCACCAAACAGUUUAAGUGCAGUUUCACAGGGUCUAUUGCAACAAGGAACAAAGUUUGAUGUUGUUUCCUUCUUAAAAAACAGACACUUGGCAAGGGUGAAAGAGGGACCUUCACCUAUCUGCCCACCUGAGUUUAAUAUAUCACCUUCCAGUGACAAGGAAAAUCCAUCAACUGUUGGUGGGAAAAGUAAGGAAUUAAACAGUGCACCAAGACAGCCUUUAGGAACAAACUGGCAACAUGAUGGUCGAUGAAGAUGAUGACCUUUAAACAUCCCAAUACUGGGGAUCCAAAGCCUUUGGGAACAUAUAUCACAAAAACCUACCUUCAUUUAUACAGGGUGACCACAGCCUCGACUCAGUUAAACAAACAGGAACCAUUUGAGAUUAAACAUAGUACUGAGUGUCCACAGGGAUUGCUGGUAUUUAUUAUCACAUUAUCUAUCCAUUUAUAUGGUAUAUACAGCAGCUACAUGUAUCAAAAGGCUAUACCAGGAUUGUAUGGUGUUGAUUGAAUCCAGGAUUAAGACAGACAUUAAGAAAUCAUCACUUAUAUUUUACAUUAAAUUCUAUAUAUGAUUGUUUAAUAUAUUCAUAAACAGGGGUACAGGUGCAUUUUUACUCCAAUUUGCAACACAAUGUGUUUUGCCUUUUAAUUAUAUUAUAUUUAGUGGUUAACAAAUCCGAUUAAAUUUAGAAUUUAGUGCAAAAUGUUUGAGGUGAUCCAGAGAAUGUAGAAAUCCUUCAUGUACUAAAACUAAAUUAAAAUUUAUUUUUUCAUGUUAUACACAAUGGCAAUUCCACAUUCACUCAGUGUUCACACCUGAUGACAAGAUCAGAAAGAUGUUCUUCAAAUUAUUUUUAUAUCUUCAUCAGUCAAUAUUGUUGGACUGUAUAAUGUCUGAUUAUUUUCAAAUUAAGAAUUUGUACCUAGAGUCAUUCUGAAGGAUGGUGUCAAAAUAUUAGCAGAAGAUUUUGUAAGUGAAAAUGAUGAUUUUCAUCUAAUGUUCAAGAAAGUUCAAAAAAUUGUUAUAUGGGGGAGGGCAUUAAAAAAUGUU